AUGGAGAAUUGGAGGCGCAAAGUUGGAAUGGGAAACUUGGCAAUGCUGGAGACAGUGUCAGAAAUUGUAGAGAAGUGUGAUGCUGCUACGCAGAACUUGAUUACCCAACAUCUUGAGGCCUUGGAAGGGGAGUUUAAAAGAUACUUCCCAGAUAUCCAAAGCCUAACUUCUCGGCUAGUAAGGGCCCCCUUCACUGCUGCAGUGACAUGCAUUCCUGAUGACAAUGAUGAUGGCCAAACUGAGCUGUUGACACUUCAGGAGGAUUCAGGAGCUAAGAUGAAGUUUGAAACUGAAUCUCUCACAGUAUUUUGGUCAUCAAUGGCAGCUUCAUACCCAAACUUAUGUGACUUAGCUUUUCGCCACCUCCUACCAUUUUCAUCAACUUAUUCCUGCGAGGCUGCAUUCUCUCAACUACUCCACAUUAAAACGAAAUAUCGCAACAGACUUGAAGUGAAGCAUGACCUACGGUGUGCUUUAAGUGAAACAAAACCAAGAAUCAAGAAGCUUGUUGAUAAUCUGCAACAUCACCCUUCACACUGA